UUCCUGAUUUUGGGAGCCGCUGCACUCUCCCUGGCAGCGAAUGUGAAGGGCCAAGGACAGAAUGAACCAUUGAAAGAGAAACUCGACGUUGCAGUAGACCUGCAGGAUUUUGCUGACGUUUGCAGCCUUCCCUAGCUCACCUCAUCAAGGGCAGGAGAAAGAAGCUAGCUGCUACAUGCGACAUGGACUGCUUGUGCCAGUAGCGCACAAGAUAUCGAUAGCAGCCCUGGCUGAAAGUUCAACUGGCCGAAAUCAGACCUUUUCGGGUGUACAGCGAAACUGUGACUAACAUCGCAGAGACUCGAUGAUGAGUCAGGACCUAAGCUACCUGCAACUGAAGCAUGCCAACGAGGCGAGAGUCAGUGAAGAGGCGAAGACAGCUCAAACACGCAAAGAUCUGCUCAUCCUCACACUGGAGUACCUGCGAGAUGAAGGCUACCUGCAAAGUGUCCAGACGCUGGAAAGAGAGAGCGGACUCAGUUUGAACCGAUACGGACUGUGUGACAAUGUUGAUCUGCCCUUGAUCCUACAGGAGUUUGAAUCGUAUCACUAUGUGAAGUUCCGUCGCAUUCCGAAGAUCAGCAAGAAGCUUGCAGGAGAUGGACACCCUGGAUCUGGUCACAAGAUCAAGGGACACCACACUCUGCCCAAGCUUCACCCAACACCACCGUUGCCCCGCCGAGCCGGCAAUUCCUCAUCAAGCACAGCUAGCAUAACAGCUAAUCCAAGUGAAGGCAAGUCGACCAGCCUGGCAACACAGCUUCGAAACAACCACAAACCAUUUACACUGCAUUCCAACGGCAAUGGAACCGAGCCUAGUCGCAAGCAGCGACACACAAACUCCGACAAACUUCCCGGGGAGAGAGGAGAUCGGGUGGCAGUUGUACCACCGGAACGCUGCAACUCACCGUCACCUCUGUCAGCGCAGAACGAGGUUCUCUUCAUACAGGGCAGUCAGCCGAAACCAGCGGCAGCAGCAGCAGGAGUAGGUGGCAGACAGGUGAUUGACAUGCGGUCCAUGCUGAAAGAUGCAAUCGGUGGCAUUCCACAAGUCACAGAAACACAGCAGGAUCGAUUGCUCAAGCCUAUAGCUGGUAUGUCGGGAUUCACAGGGGAAAUGAGAGACCUAGCCGAAGUCAUAAGUCGGGAAAUCUACUCAGAAGACCCUGAUGUUCACUGGAAGGACAUCAUUGGUCUUGAGGGAGCCAAACGGCUUAUCAAGGAAGCCGUUGUCUAUCCCAUAAAGUACCCCCAGAUCUUCACUGGAAUAUUGUCGCCAUGGAAAGGGCUGCUACUCUACGGGCCUCCAGGUACUGGUAAGACGUUGAUGGCAAAGGCUGUUGCAACCGAAUGCCACACUACCUUCUUCAAUAUCUCAGCGUCCACCAUCGUCAGCAAAUGGCGUGGAGAUUCAGAGAAACUUGUGAAGGUUCUCUUUGAGCUGGCACGCUAUCAUGCGCCGUCAACGAUAUUCCUCGACGAGCUGGACUCGGUCAUGAGCAAGCGAGGGUCAGGUGAUGGAAUGAGUGAGCAUGAGGGAAGUCGGCGUUUGAAAACGGAGCUACUUGUGCAAAUGGACGGACUGGCAAAGUCAUCUGACAAUGUCUUUGUACUUGCUGCCAGCAAUCUGCCCUGGGAACUGGACGCGGCUAUGCUUCGGCGUCUUGAAAAGCGUAUCAUUGUUGAUCUACCCGUAGAGGCUGCACGCAAAGCGAUGAUGGAGCAUUACUUGCCACCACACACACCCGCUGAGAAUGGCGGCCUUGCCAUCUCUUCCUCGCUGGACUAUGGAAAACUAGCUCAGAUGACGGAGAACUAUUCUGGAUCAGACAUCAAGCUUGUCUGCAAAGAGGCAGCCAUGCGGCCAGUGAGGCGUAUUUUCGACUGCCUCGAAAACUAUGAGGCUAGCGGAGGGGAAUUUCCCCAGCUGACAGUGCGACCUAUUGAGAUGUCCGAUGUGGAAGCAGCACUGGAGCACACUAAGCCUUCAGCGCAUCACAUGGCCAAGAAAUACCAGGCAUUCCAGCGCGACUUCGAGUCAACAUGAGAAUUGGCUUUUGCAUGAUAUGGUAUCAUAGCUUCAACACGACACUAGCAUUACCUAUCAUUAUUAUUAUCUACUGUAUCUACCAUCAACCAAACACCAGGCAUAGAUCCUAAUGCUAUACAUAAUAUCAUUUUAACCUUGAUGUACAGUUUGCAAUGUUCUGUUGAGAUGAAGUUCUUUUCUUGAAAGUAUUGGAAUACAUUUAUCAUAACUUAUUGACACUCUCUUGACAAGAUGACUAUAAAGAUGGUUUAAUAAGAUGUGCAAUCAUAUACGUUAA